GAACUGUCUUUUUUUUUUUUUUUUCCUGCCUCCUUCUCUGGGUCCCUGCAGUAUGUGGUCCGCAGCUGACCAAUUCCCCCACUGUGAUUGUGAUGGUUGGACUCCCGGCUCGUGGGAAAACCUACAUUUCCAAAAAACUCACCCGCUACCUCAACUGGAUCGGCGUGCCCACAAAAGUGUUUAACGUUGGCGAGUAUCGUCGCGAGGUUGUGAAGCAUUACAGCUCUUACAACUUCUUCCGUCCCGACAAUGAGGAAGCUAUGAAAGUCCGCAAACAAUGUGCCUUAAGUGCCUUGAGAGAUGUCAAACUCUAUCUGUCUGACGAAGGUGGUCAGAUUGCGGUUUUUGAUGCCACCAACACAACGCGUGAGAGGAGAUCAAUGAUCCUGAAUUUUGCCAAAGAAAAUGGAUACAAAGUGUUCUUCAUUGAAUCCAUCUGCAAUGACCCAACUGUGGUUGCUAGUAACAUCAUGGAAGUCAAGCUGUCCAGCCCAGAUUAUAAGGACUGCAACUCAACUGAUGCUAUGGAAGAUUUCAUGAAGAGAAUCAGCUGCUAUCAAUCCAGUUACCAGCCUCUUGAUCCAGACGGAUACGACAGAGAGUUAUCACUUAUCAAAGUGAUUGAUGUUGGUCGAAGAUACCUGGUGAACAGGGUCCAAGAUCACAUCCAAAGUCGAAUUGUCUACUAUCUGAUGAACAUCCACGUACAGCCCCGUACCAUCUACUUGUGUCGACACGGCGAGAGUGAAUUCAACCUCAAAGGGAAAAUUGGUGGUGACUCAGGGCUGUCCAGCAGAGGCAAGAAGUUUUCCAGCGCGCUGAAUAAUUUUGUCCAAGACCAAAACCUGAAAGACCUCAAAGUAUGGACCAGCCAUCUAAAGAGGACAAUCCAGACAGCAGAAGCUCUUGAUCUGCCCUACGAGCAGUGGAAGGCUUUGAAUGAAAUUGACGCUGGUGUGUGCGAAGAGAUGACUUACGAUGAAAUCAAGGAAAAGUAUCCAGAAGAAUUUGCCCUACGCGACCAGGACAAAUAUUAUUACCGCUACCCAUCUGGAGAGUCCUAUCAAGAUCUGGUGCAGAGGCUGGAGCCAGUGAUCAUGGAGCUUGAAAGACAGGAAAAUGUCCUUGUUAUUUGUCAUCAGGCCGUCAUGCGGUGCCUGUUGGCUUACUUCCUCGACAAAAGUGCAGAAGAAAUGCCGUAUCUGAAAUGUCCUCUCCACACAGUCCUGAAGCUGAGUCCUGUAGCUUAUGGUUGCAGAGUGGAGUCCAUAUAUUUGAACGUGGAAGCUGUGAACACUCACCGGGACAGACCAGAGGAUGCAAAGAAGGGACCUAAUGCGAUCAUGAGACGCAAUAGUGUCGUCCCUCUGGCCAGCCCCGACCCCAUCAAAAAACCUCGCAUGAACAGGUUCGAGGAACACGCUCCUGCUUCCGCUGCCAUGCCAAUCCAUUCCUGCCUACCCCCGGAAGGGGCGGUCCAGCAUCCCGCACAAAACCUGAACUGUUCCCAGACGCAAUCUUGAACGACUUUCGGCGGUGUUUCAGGAACCGCGGGUGGAAGCCAAGCGCCACGGCGUCACUCAUUUCCGAAACUUGCAGUCUGCUCCACGUCUCCGUUCAACUCCAGGUCUAACUUUUGUUGAUGAUCUCCAUCGCUGGUUAUCUUGCCUUCUUGGGCUUAAGAAAAUGGAGCUGCGGAAGGAGGAAAUACCAGGAAACGCGAGAGAGAAGAGAGAUGGGGGGAAAAAAAAAGGAAAAGAGACUUAGUUCAUCAGCAUAUAAACUGUGGAUCCAAACCUGAUUUUAAAGCUGUUUUUUUCUUCAUCUGCCCCACUUUGGUAGACUUUAGCAAGCACCAAAGUGCUCCUGUGCACACCAUCUGUCCCAAGUCCUGGUGGGUGUUGUUCUUUUUUUCUUACGCGACAAGAAAGCUUCCCUUGCAGGAAAACACUGUGAGAUCCCAGCUGGUCUAAGAUAAAGGGUCAAUGUAGGUGGGCUGUAGCUAAAUCAGUGUAGCAAAGGGGAGAUAAAAGGUGUCCUUGGUUAUAUCUGUGGGUCUGUUCCAUCACGUUGGUUUUCACUUCGGAUGUUUACCGAGAGAAGGGAUUCUCCCGUAAUUUUAGCUGUUGUUUCGAACUGGCCCAAGAGAGACCCGAUAGCUUGUUCACAGACCUGGCAGAGAAGAGGAAUAGAGGCCGAACGUGUGGAAGAGCGAUGAUUAAAGGGCGUUUGUAGUUCCACGGAGCAUAUGCACAAACCAGACUUUGUAAGUUAGCGCCUCCCAUCUCAUCUAGGGGCGCAUAAAAAGUUCCGUCCCUGAACAUCCCAGUCCCCACACGGAUUGCGUUCUGGCCCUGCUCUGGGAUGUUUUUUUGUGACGUGUAUGACACUUUGCACACCUUUGCUUCUUUUCUUGGGGGGGUGGGGGACGUCCCACUCAGGAAGGACCCCAGCCCAUUUUUAAGUCCAGUGUUAUAGAUGCACUGGUCAUCUUUUCAGCCCUGCGGGUGUGGUUCUGCUCCACCUUGCCUCCCCCCGCCCCCCGGUUUGUGUCUCUGGCUUGUGGGAAGGUCUGUUUGGAGACCACUGAAGGCUUAACAUGCAUAUUUAUGUACGAGCAGCUCAUGGUGCAAACAGGGCGUGUGCAUGUCGACCAAUGAGUGAGCCUUCGGCAACGGGGUCACUCGUGGAGGUCUGCAAAUCAGAGCCCACGGGGCUGUUUUUUCCAGCUUUCCCCUCUUGAGUUAGCCACUGACAAUGGUUUCCCUCAAAAACGUAUCCAGCAUACGUCUGUCUUGGAAAGUUUUUGUAUCAAGGAGAGGGAGAGAACUGCAGGGGUAUAGUUUCUUCCUAAUGAGUGGCCAAUAGAAAUGUAACCGUGAAGAGUGUGAUGUGCCCCAAUGCAUUAGAACAGCACGUAGGACAAGGUAGAGGUUGGUUUUGUUUGGGUAGGUCGAUUAUCGUGGGCCUCCUGGGCCCCCCCUUUUUUAUUUGUUGAAAUGUUAGUAGUAGUAGUAUUUUAAGUGAUCAUUUCACUAGUUUUGAAGUACUUCUGAGCAAGUUCGCCUUCCUUUUGACCAGAGCUUCUCCUGCUGACUUUUCAGCCAUUCUUCAGUUUCCCAGUUAUGCCCCCAAAUCCUCAGCUGACCGCCAGCUCAAAUCAAGUGAAAGCUUAAAAAAACCAACCAAGCCUAACCUAAUUUAAAACGUAGUUAGGUCUUUGAGGACUUGAUGUCCUUCAGCCGAACUGAGCUGGAACUACCGUCGUGCAGUGGGCGUUGCCUGGCUAGCUGGGGAUGAGGGGUGUUGUAGUCGCGAGCUUUGGAAAGGAAAGCCGGUGCCGACGUUACGCUACGAUGUGAGCAAAGACGGAUGCUGAGGCUGAAAAGUAACGGUAGCCUUGUUUUGCACGUAAGCCCCCUUUAAAACUGAAUUGUGCUACCAAAGUUUUGCUGAAAAGGCUCUCCUGGAUGAGCCAACAUGGGAGUUGGACAGUUCAUGGGCAGGUUGGGGUCUGCUGGAGGAGGGCAGACAGUUGCCUUGCGUGGUAAUCUUGCAGGGCAAUAAAGGUGGUUUUAUUUCCAAAAUAAAGGAUUGCUUGAGCAAGGCCCGAGGUGUUGACUUGCUAAUCCGAGAUGGUUUAUAUGUGUAUAGUAAUGCUAAAUGUAGAUGAAAGGCUCUUUCUGCUUGUUAUGAUAAUUUGUUUUGGUUUUGGUUUUUUUAAAAGACAUUCUUUAUUCUGAAUGUUUUUGGAGCUUGUAUAUGCCUGAGCACACGAGAUUAAUCUUUUUUUUUUU